CAGGGAAGGGCAGGGUUCACCGUCACGUUUCCAGCGGAGCAUUCAGGGUGUGCGCUGGUGCCCUGCCACCAAAGGGCCUCUGGGACGGAGGGCAAGGGGAAAGGCCAGCGCUGGCCUCUUCCUGUUGAUCGCCGCCCUGACCGGCUCCGAACCUGCCUGGGUUUGUGGGCGUGUAGCUGGAAUUGGCCGGAGCAGGACGGGAUGGUGGCUGUGAGGAGGGCAGGACUCGGUCAGCCUCCGGAACAGCAGGGACACACAGCUCCCUAUGAACGUCCGAGAAAGUGAAACCAAACCGUGCAGAAGGCAGAGCUCCGGGGGAAAAGGAAAAUGGAAGAGAAUCCGAGAGUGCAUCUGCUUGGAGCUGGACCAGCCCAGGCUGAGGUGGGGAGCACAGCAGAGCAUCCUGAGCACCAAAAGCCCACCAAGGAAACACCUGGGCACCAAGGGACAGGCAGGUUGCCUGAGACAUCCUGCAAACCAGAGGAGGAGUCUGCAGUGUGUGAAUCAGCUGCUGGUGGGGCAGAGACAACACUCCUGGGUUCAGCUGGUCCCACACUAGAGGAGAAAUCUGCCCAGGAAAUUGAAGUGCUGCCAGAAGAGUCUGACAAGACAAGAGAAGGUGUCUCAGAAAGACCCCUGGAAAAACAGGACUUGGAUGAAGCUGGGCUGGGCCAUGAGAGUGUGGAAAGCAAAGGAGACAGCCCUGUCCACCAGGAACCACAGGAGCACGAGGAGACAACUGGGCAGUGUGAAAGUCUCUGCAAAGCAGAGGAAGAUGCCUCAUCUACAAGCAAGGCACGGAGCUCUGGCAGUGAAGUGACACAUUUGGAUGUGACUGGUGUGGAAGAUGUCGCCAGGGGCCACUUGGCAGAGAAGAGCAGCAGUGCCACUGUCCCAGACUGGGAGCCAGAGGCACCCAGAGGGCAAGAAACACAGGAGAGCGAGUCCCAAGGCACAUUAAGGAAAAGACCAAAAGGGGACACAGCCCCAAAACCAGAGACUCUGUCCUCCCUGCAGAACAUCACCACCCAAAACACAGAGCAGGAGAAGGCCAAAAAGUCCCUCCUGUGGAAAGGUGAGGAAAAGAAGCUUCCCUUGCAUGUUACUCAUCGACCAGAAGGCACUGAUCCUCCAGGAGCAAGGCUUUUCAUCCUGGGCCUCAUAGUGCUGGGCUUCUGCAUAUUCUGCUUCGGCAGCCCCACCUCCAGCUCCCAGCAGCCCCGCAGGAACCCCACGCUGGAGGCCUUCCAGGCGCAGUUCGACCUGCUGCAGCUCAGCUUCCCGGGCCAGAGCCCCGAGCUGUGGCUGCGCGGGCGCAAGUUCCUGCGCAAGCACCUGAACGCGUCGCAGCCCUCGCAGCCGGCCAUCAUCAUCCUCACGGCCGCGCGCCGCUCCGAGCGCACCCUGCGCUGCCUCAGCGCCCGCCUGGCCGACUGCUACGCGGCCGCCGUGCACGGCAGCACGGUGCACGUUGAGGGCGGCGGCAAGGCCGCGCUCCACAGCGACCUGGCCAAGCUGCAGGUGGACUCGGAGCUGAGCCAGGCGUUCCAGGCGGGCCGCCGGGCCGCCGUGGUUCACCGCUUCGAGCUGCUGCCCGCCGGCGCCACCCUCAUCUUCUACAAGUACUGCGACCACGAGAGAGCCGCCUUCAAGGACGUGGCCCUGCUGCUGACGGUGCUGCUGGAGGAGGACGUGCUGGAGAGCCACAUCAGCCUCCAGCAGGUGGAGGAGAGGGUCCGUGACUUCCUCUGGGCCAAGUUCACCGGCGCCAGGAGCCCCGGCUCCUACGACCGCAUGGACUCGGACAAGCUGAGCGGGCUGUGGAGCCGCAUCUCCCACCUGGUCCUGCCCAUUCACCCCGUGCCGACCAUCGAGGAGCGGGGCUGCUCUGCCAAAGCCUAGGGACAAAAGAGGCCAGAGCCCCGAGGAGGGUUGGGAACAUGCUCCUGGCUGGCUCUGGUACAGGCAGAGGCACCACC